AUGCCUAUAAUUAACAAGAUUGACCAGAGGUCCCUGGUUCAGGGUGAGGAAUUCCAACUGGAAAUUAAUAAUGCAGUGACGGUACAAGAGGGUCUGUGUGUCCAUGUGCCCUGCUCUGUCUCCUACCCCUCCAUAGACUGGUAUCCCUCUACUCCAGCGUUUGGCUACUGGUUCCGGAAUGGGACCAAUUACCGCCUUGACGCUCCAGUGGCUACAAACGACCGAAGCAGAAGAGUGCGGGAGGAGACCAAGGGCCGGUUCUUGCUCACUGGAGACCCUCGAGACAAUCAGUGUUCCCUGGACAUCAGAGAUGCCCGGAUGACCGACACGGGGUCAUACUUCUUUAGGAUCGUCAGAGGAUCUUAUGUGAAAUACAAUUACUUAGAAUACUGGUUUCCUGUGCGUGUGACAGCUCUGACCCAGACACCCAAGAUCCACAUCCAGAGGUCCCCAGAGUCUGGAAAGUCUACAGAAAUAGCCUGUAAGGUGCCUUGGGCCUGUAAGAAGGGGACACUCCCCACCUUCUCUUGGAUUGGUGUUGCCCUCACAUCCCUGGACCCAAAGAGUCUCCCUCACUCAGUACUGUCCUUCACCCCGAAGCCACAUCACCACGGCACCAACCUUACCUGUCAAGUGACCUUCCCUGGAGCAGGUGUGACCACAGAGAGCACCAUCCAGCUCAAUGUGUCCUAUCCUCCACAGAACCUGACCAUCAAGGGGUUGCUGGGGAAUGGCACAGAGCUCAUGGCGGAAGUGGUUCUGGUGGCCAUUGUGGUAGCCGCAAUUAAGACCCUGGUCUUCUGCCUCAUUGUGUCUGUGUAA